GACCUUUGAAAACAUAAACAAACGAGCAGCAAGGUGACAAGGUUGCAAUAAAUGUGCAAGACAGUGGCAGUUUUUUAGUAUAGUGAAUUACGUGGUUUUUAAUUGAUUAUAAAAAUGGCUGAAUAUUCGGACAUUGUAAAAUGUCAUCCCCUGCUCGUCCUGAUCUCCGAGAAGCCGAUGACCUGGUACGGAUUUAUGGUGGUGAACAAGGACACCAGGAUCGAGAUAAAACUUCGUGUCCCACAUUAUCCAGAAUUGAGGGGAGCCAGUGUUCAUUUUGGACAGCAGAUUUGCCUCUUCCAGGGCAGUGAGUUCAGGAGCAAAUACAAGGGAUUGUUGCAGAACGCCACAUCGGUUCUGUCGUUUCUCAGGCAAUUGCAAGGGUUGAUGGAAGGAAUUAUCAAGAAAAAAAGGAUUGAAUCCACAACCAAGGAGUAUUUCUUCAAUAAAGAUAUGUUAAAGGAACUGAAAACUGUUUUAAAAGAGCCUAACAUUGAGGUCCAGGGGAAUAAUGAUCUCAGUGCUGUAAAAAUAAUCUACAAAUCCAUCUCUGUUACCCUCAAGCCAGAGAAUACGGGCAAUUCCUGGGCUCUGAUUUCCUCGGACCUACCGGAGUUGCCCAUUUGGCGGCCCUUCGACAAAUGCAUUUCAACAUUGAUGGAAGCUACGAAGACACUUCAGGCAAAGGUCAAUGCUCUUGAGGAUAUCUGGAGAGAACUUGCAGAGAUAGAUGAAAAUUGUUGGGUGAUUGAUCCCGUGAAUCCCAAGCCAUGUCAUCUGUACCGAAGAAUUCAUAUAAAUUCAGCACUUUCUCUCCAUAUCAAACUCAAUCCCCUGGACUCAGACGGACAUCACCCCGAGAUGAAGCUCCUGGGGAGUGAUAAAGAAGUCUACAAGACUAGAGAAAUUCUCAGUGACAAUUUGUGCAAGUGGGACGCUGACAGGUCCAUUCUGGAGAAUAUUAUGGAACUUUUGCAGAUCGAGGAAUUGCCACAGCGUCCACCAGACGAGCCCAAAGAUGACGGAGCCAUCUUCGGGGACGACGAGUGCUGCAUCUGUUUUUCAAUGGAAUCUGAAAAUGGAGAAAUUCCCUCUGAGAUCUGCAGCAAUGAAAAGUGCAGAAAGCAUUUCCAUAGUUCGUGUCUCUUGGAGUGGCUGCAGACAGUUGCUGGUAAACAAAUGUACUUCGCUCGAUGCCAUGGGACCUGUCCAGUUUGUAAAGAAAACAUAUCCUGUGCUGUCAAGUUGAAUUUCCUCUACAACUGGGAAUUAAUAUAAUUAUUUUACCCAGUUCAGCCAAUUGAAGAGUGCAAUUGACAUUCCAAUAAUCCGCUA